UUUUGAAUGUGAGCGGUAGUGCAAUUUUCCCUUUUCCUGUUAACCAAGUCAUUCACCCCAAAAAGAUCAUCCUUAUUAGGUUACUCAGAAUAAGUAUAUUUUCCACACUUCAGAUUGUAUACGUAGAAGUAUAGACUGCAUUUGACUUAUUCAUUGACUCAUUUGAUGAAUCGAUAUGAAAACCUCAAAGAACGUGUUCAUGUUUUGCAGCAAGAGCUUGAAAAGAAACGUUUGCUCCUUCAGAAAGCUGAAAAAAAAUUAAAGCCUACUCUAAUCACCCGAUCAAGCACUUUGUUGCCUGUAACCGAAGAAACAUCUGAAAUAAUUUCCGAAUGUCCUGACAUCACUAAUGUAAAACUAUUCUCGCCAGAUGAAUCACCAGUACAAGGUGUACUUAUUCAACCCAUUGACGAAGAAUGCUGCAGACAUAUAUCCUCAUGUGUUUUAGGAUCCUGUGUUCUUUUGUCAGAUUCCCUGUUAAUUACUUUGUACGACUCUAACCAUAUGCUCAAUUUGUAUACUAUAUCUCUCUCUAACUUCGAAUCACAGUUAUUGUGGAGAAAAAAGCUGGUAAUCUCCGAAGUAGCACUGUUGGAAAUGAUUAUGCCCCCAGGAAGCUCCGGUAACGGAAAGAUCCAUAUAGGUGUCUUAUUAGCUCAGAAACACUCAUCAAGAAAUUUAACAGUUAUAUUGUUAUCAUUGUUCAUGUUUUCCAUCCCAAACGAUUUCAGCUUUGCAGUCGAUCAUCAUUUGAAUCAGCUGUACCUUACGGAUGUGCAAACAGUCCCAGUAAUAAAUACGGAUUCCAAUAAACAUUGUAUAUGCUCUACGGAAAUAGUUUACGACUUUUAUGUCAAUAGAAAACGUGAUCUAAUGUUUGUGUUAUAUGUUCCUGAUAUGCUUUCAUACACAAUUCAUCAGUUAUCGUGUGAUGGGAACCUAUGCUUAGUCUCUUUGUUGUGUCGUUACGAUUUGAUGGAUGUGUAUGAGCCAAAAUUUAACUCUUGGUUCGCUGCGUUAAGUCAUUGUUCAGGAAAACCGUCAUCAUUACCUGAGUCUGAUUAUAUUCUAGGCAUUCAUUUCAAUCCCUCAUCAAUAGAACUUGUUGGUUGUCUAAUGCGCACAGAUGAGACCAAUAAACAUAGUGCAAAUGAGUACGUAUCAGAACCGUUUACGUUCAGUAAAUUGGCACAGAAUAUGUACUUAAAUGCUCCAGUAAAACCAUGUUCUAAACCUUUAGUGGUGGUGUCAAGUAAACGACCUGAUUUUAUGGUGUUUUCCAUUGUUGUAAAAAGCAUUUUAUUAAAUUCAUGUACAUAUUAUUUUAUUAUGGGUGUGGUGUCAUUGGAUGGUAAACCUCGUGGAUCCGUUCUACGAUUGAUUCCCAUUCAAAUAGAUCAGCAAGAUUUAUAUGGAUCAGAAUUAGUGUGGAGCUUAAUUACUCCACAAAACAGACCGUACAGUCAGUCUUUGCUAAAAUUUGUUACACCAUAUGCUGAACAAAGAAAUUUAACUGUCAGUGCAUGGUCUGUUAAUAAAUUAAUCACCGAGUGUUGUAAUACAACUUCUAGUAAUGACAUCGUCAGGGUUUCUUGUUUUGACCUAUCUGAUACAAACAAGACACUAAAUCUCAUUAUUUUGUAUGAUAGCGAUUGCAUUCUUCCUAAGCAGAUUUGUACAUUUUACUAUUGUCGUAAUCUAGAUAAAAUUGUACAUUUGCGCAGUUCAUGAGUAAUUUCUAUCGUUCGUACUUUUUAGUCAGCUUUGAUAAGUUUUAAAUACAAUCGUAUUG